GCUCAGUCUGCUGGUGGCUGCGCGAGACAGCGCCACAGGCUGCUGCUGAGCUGCUGGCUUUUGCAAGGGGCUGAAUUCCCAGCCAGGAACCAGCCCCCUCCCUGCCCCCAGAGAGGAGAGAGUUGCCUCUUCUUGGACGACCUGGGGCUGGGCAACAUCCCCUUUUUGAUUUUAAAUAGUUCCCUCCAGAGCAAGAGCAGGAGGACAGGACCGACAUCCAGGUGGCCAUCAGGGGAAGCAGCACUCCCCACGCUGGCGAUGAGGAAGGAUGACUGUUUCUGAGAGCUCCUGGUAACGGCUUGGAGCUGCCCCUGUCCUUUUCAAAAUGCCUUUUAAAGCAUUUGAUACCUUCAGAGAAAAGAUUUUGAAACCUGGAAAGGAAGGAGUGAAGUCUGCUGUGGGAGAUUCGCUGGGGAUUUUACAAAGAAAAAUUGAUGGGACCAUUGGGGAAGAAGAUAGCAUAGAGCUGAGUGAAGAAGGGCGGCCAGUGCAGGCCCCCAGGCCCCACCGCCCCCUCUGUGACUGCCACUGCUGUGGUGUCCCCAAGCGUUAUAUCAUUGCUGUCAUGAGUGGGCUGGGCUUCUGCAUCUCCUUCGGCAUUCGGUGCAAUCUUGGCGUUGCUAUUGUGGAAAUGGUCAACAACAGCACAGUAUAUGUGGAUGGAAAAGCGGAAGUUCAGACAGCACAGUUUAACUGGGACCCAGAGACAGUGGGCCUGAUCCAUGGAUCAUUUUUCUGGGGUUAUAUUGUGACGCAAAUCCCAGGUGGUUUCAUUUCAAACAAGUUUGCUGCUAACAGGGUCUUUGGAGCUGCCAUCUUCCUCACAUCGACUUUGAACAUGUUCAUUCCUUCUGCAGCCAGAGUGCAUUAUGGCUGUGUCAUGGGCGUCAGAAUUUUGCAAGGUCUGGUGGAGGGUGUGACUUACCCAGCCUGCCAUGGGAUGUGGAGCAAGUGGGCUCCACCCUUGGAGAGAAGCCGACUGGCCACCACUUCUUUUUGUGGGUCCUACGCGGGGGCCGUGGUUGCCAUGCCCCUGGCGGGGGUACUGGUGCAGUACAUUGGAUGGGCUUCGGUCUUUUACAUUUACGGUAUGUUUGGGAUUAUUUGGUACAUGUUUUGGCUGUUGCAGGCCUAUGAGUGCCCGGCAGCUCACCCAACGAUAUCUAGCGAAGAGAAGACUUACAUUGAGACCAGUAUAGGAGAAGGAGCCACCCUGGCUAGUCCAAGUGUAAGUGUAAAUGCACUGAAAUUUAAUACACCGUGGAAAAGAUUUUUCACAUCGCUGCCGGUUUAUGCAAUCAUUGUGGCAAAUUUUUGCAGAAGCUGGACCUUUUAUUUGCUCUUAAUAAGUCAGCCUGCUUAUUUUGAAGAGGUGUUUGGAUUUGCAAUAAGUAAGGUGGGUCUCUUGUCGGCAGUCCCGCACAUGGUGAUGACAAUUGUUGUGCCUAUCGGAGGACAACUGGCAGAUUACUUAAGAAGCAGAAAGAUUUUGACCACAACAGCUGUCAGAAAGAUCAUGAACUGUGGAGGUUUUGGCAUGGAGGCAACUUUGCUCCUGGUGGUUGGCUUUUCCCAUAGCAAAGGGGUGGCGAUCUCCUUUCUGGUGCUGGCUGUAGGAUUCAGCGGCUUUGCUAUUUCAGGUUUUAAUGUCAACCACCUGGACAUUGCCCCUCGUUAUGCCAGCAUUCUCAUGGGGAUCUCCAAUGGCGUGGGGACCCUGUCUGGAAUGGUCUGUCCGCUCAUUGUCGGUGCGAUGACGAGGCACAAGACCCGGGAGGAAUGGCAGAACGUGUUCCUCAUAGCUGCCCUGGUGCAUUACAGUGGGGUGAUCUUCUACGGGGUCUUUGCUUCUGGGGAGAAACAGGACUGGGCUGACCCUGAGAAUCUUUCAGAGGAGAAAUGUGGAAUCAUCGACCAAGAUGAACUAGCGGAGGAGACAGAACUCAACUAUGAGGCUUUCGUGAGUCCCAGGAAGAAGAUGUCUUAUGGAGCCACCACCCAGAAUUGUGAAGUUCAGAGGAAGGAGGGGAUAGGACAGCGCGGAGCAGCCCUGGAGGAGGAAGAGCUGGCUUCCUACCAGAACGAAGAAGGAAUCUUCUCUGACACACCCUAACGUCUUCUCCUCACCUUAGGACCAGAAAGUAUCCAUACCUAUUGCUUUUCCCAUAGCCUGCUUGCCGGGGGGCCAGAUAUGUGGACAUUGGAGCAAGGCGGGAAGGACAGAAGAUUAAACCAGCAUCAGAGAAAAGAGAAAUACUAUCUUGCAAGAAGACGAGUAUGCCACUUGCCCUCAGUUGAUAAGAUACUUGUUCAUAAUUAUUUUUUUCUGGAUUGGCAGUUGGUCCUUCUCUCAAAGAACUGAGCUUAUUCAGAAAAGAAUGAGUAGAAGAAUAAGGAAGAUAAUAGCAUGUUGUUCAAAGAAAUACUGAAGGCGAUGGGACUGCUGGGCCAGGGGGAGAGGAAAUGAGAGUUGCUACCACAUCAGCCAUGUAGAGGAGGGUUUCCUGUCCCUAAUAAAGGCCAUCACUCACGGAGGCCCUCUUGUGCCGGGUGCUUUAUAAAGUCCAUAUUUAAUCUCCACAGCCCUACUGCAUACGUUUAUUCUCCCCAUUUUACAACGAAGGGAUUAACUUGCCCACAGUCAUUCUGUCAGAGCCACUUCUGAGAUUGGUGAAGCCCCAAAUAACUGGCCGUUUUAGGAAAAACAAUUUCAGCUCAGUGUAGAGAACAUAUAUAUAUUUUUUUUAAAGAAUGCAAACUGAAGAUGGAUGAGUUACUUGUAGGUAAACAUUCAGGCUGACUGGGCUGAGGGGACUCGAAUGUUUGUCAUGCAAGGUUCUGGAUCCAAAGACCCUGAGCAUUUUAUAUUAUCAGAAGAGUCAGUAUUUCUGUGAAUUUACAGGUUUUAUUUUUAAAUUUAAUAAGGAUCAUAGAUGACAUGAGAGAUUCAAAUAGGUUUAAAAGAAAAAAAAAGCUAAGCAAGAUAGCCAACUUUCUAGGAACCCAAUGAUCAGAAUGGUUGGAAAAAAGUAAACAAAGGAUUGGCUAUUAAAUUUCAACUCUCUAUAAUAGCAAGAUUGUGGCUAAACUAUAUCCCAAAUUACUGAUGAACCUUUAAGACAAUACUUUCAGAAGUAAAAUUCUGUUUGAGUCUUCUGUUUAAAAUGUAUACUUAGCCUUUUCUGCUGGUGAUUAUAUUAGGAAGUUUGAUCAGAAUACACAAAAUUAUGGUUGAAGUGUCCAGAAUGACUCUGUUUGGAAUGAUAUUCAGAGAAAGAACAAUGAUACAGAAGUAGCCACACAGGAAAAUUCUAGAAUAAAACCUUUGAGACGGCUGGACCUAUAGUUGCUGUUGAAAAAUUAAUUUUUGGUCACAUUAGGCAAUAGCAUGGAUACUCUUUAGAUAUAUUUAA